AUGGAGUUCUCACUCCUUUUCCUCUUCCUGUUCCUUUUCUCCCCUGUCCACGGUCUCACGGUCCUCCCAUCCAACAACACCCACGACCUGGACUGGUCGCAAUCGGUGCGGUUUCGUCUCCAGGCUUCCGGCCCGUUGAACGGCCUCUCGCUUGCCCCGUGGUCCAAGUCCCUCGCCCAGUUUACUCAGAGUCAACUCAGGACCUUUAAAGUCCGUGGCAAUCUCACCAAGGUCGAUCCCGCCGAUUCCGUUGACCUCCAUAAUUCCCAGAUUGCCUGCAUUAUCUGCGAUCCUGAGGACUAUCCGGGCGAGGUCACGGUUGACGAGACCGUCAAUAACGUCAUCCAAAGCCAGCAGGCCUCGGCAAUUCUGCUGUAUAGUGCCUCGUCGGGCCACUGCAACUUCUCGGCGGAUGACCAGACCACAGCUCGGUAUCCCAACAUCUUCACCUUUGUGGGAUCGAAUGCCACUUCGGCCCUGCAGCACACCUUCAGUGACUCGGACAGUGAUUCUGUAACCAUUGUCUCUGCCAUGUCUUUCAUGUCAGGCUCGUCCGGCGCGGAUACCGGGGAUAGCGGGGGUUCCAGCAACGGUCCCAAUACGGCCAUGAUCAUCCUCUAUAGUAUCACGGGAAUCAUCACGGCUUUGUUUUUGGGCAUCAUCAUCACGGGCGCUCUCCGCGCCCACCGCCAUCCCGAACGGUAUGGGCCCCGCCGCGUCGCAGGACGACCUCGGCAAAGUCGAGCGAGAGGGAUAGCUCGAGCCAUGCUAGAUACGCUCCCAAUCGUCAAAUAUGGCGACAACAACGAUGGCGUCGACCCCGCCAAACGGGACAUCGAGAUGUCCAUAGGUCCCGAAGAUCCAGCCCGCGAUCAUUCGCCGCCUCGUUCGGAGAGCGUCACUGGUCAAACUACUCCCCGGGAAACUGAAUUGCCAAGCAAAGUAGUAACCGAGAAUCAUACUACCACGGCCGCCUCUGAAUCUCGACCCGAGCCAGUUCCUGAUGCAGGCAACUUUUCCUGUCCAAUCUGUACGGAUGACUUCACUAAGGGCCAGGACCUGCGGGUUCUGCCCUGCAACCACCAGUUCCAUCCCGACUGCAUUGAUCCCUGGCUUGUUAACGUCUCGGGGACCUGUCCUCUCUGUCGUAUCGAUCUUAACCCUCCCAAGUCUGAGGAAAAUGCCGAACCCGGCGAGAAUGGCGAGCAUGGCGAGCAUACUGAGGAGACGCAGCCAGACAGCACGGCCACUCCGGCAACUGAUGCACAGACUGGGCCUCACCGCCGCUUGACCAACUACUUGCAUGGUUCUCUGAACGCGCGGCGGAUGCGUGAUGCUUCCGUUGAAGAGCGCCUGGCUGCGAUCCGCCGCGUGCGCGCCGAGAUUCGAGAUGACGCUGUGACGGGCGACGAUGCGACACGGCCCAGCCGUACUCGCCUCACGACGCGACUCCGGGACCGAUUCCGGAUCCGCACUCGUGCCCAUGGCGUGGAAGAGCCUAGCACCGAUGGCGAAAACACCCCAAUCCCUCCGGCGGCUUCGACACCGGCUCCCACCACUGCACCAGCAUCCAAUGAGGGCGAGAGCACUCCAACUACUCCGGCUGCCCCCGCUGCAACUCAUACGGCUGGACCGCCGGCAUCAAAUACCUAA